CAGCAUUAAAGCUCCUUGCAACCUAGCGGGAAAUACAUUGAUACAGGAACGAUGAAGAAAGCCUUGGACCAAACUGUUAGAGACCUGAGUGCACACAACAUACUACAAGGAAAAUCAAGAAACCUACAAUGUACGGAAGCUACUACAAGCCACUGUAAGAGGCUCAUCAUACAUAUAGUAGUCCCGCCUAUGAGCAACACUGGGGACUUGUGAUGCACACAAUAGCCUAUUUACAUGGGGCGACAAGUGGUCUGUAUCAACACUUGCAAGCAACAAUAGAUGACCCGCCGAAUGCAUAAUAGCCUGCUUACAAAGUGAAGCAGCAAAUUCAUGGUGAAUGCAGCUUGCUCACAAGCAGAGGACGUAAGACUUGAGAUGAACACACGAUAGUCUGUUUAUGGGUGAUAACAAGCAACAAGUAGUGAUUGCUAAGGCACCCUUAUAGUAAAAAAUCAUUCAAUGGAAGGCAAACACAGUGGCUCCCUACAAGCAAAGAUGAUCGAUUUGUGACAUAGUACAAGCAUCUACGAGAAACUACAAGAGGUUCAUCAGUGCACGAUAGCUCAUCUGCAAGAAGUUAGAGCGACCCGUAGCGCAACUGUAAUCCCCGAAAUGCUCAAAAUAAAUCAAGAGGGAGGUCAACAAAAAGGUUCUGAAAGUUUCUAGUAUUGAGCAGAAGACCCUUGAUGCUACAAGCAAUGAAACCUGGGGUCCUCGUGGAUCACUCAUUGCAGAAAUUGCACAGGCUAGCUUUAACUAUAAUUACUACCAACUGAUCAUGGCAGUGAUCUGGAAGAGGAUGCAAGACACUGGGAAAAAUUGGCGUCAUGUUUACAAGGCACUGAGCGUCCUCGAGUACUUGGUCAUUUAUGGGUCUGAACGAGUGAUUGAUGAUAUCAAGGAACAUGCGUACCAAAUAUCGACAUUGUCAGACUUCCUGUAUACUGAUUCUAAUGGGAGGGAUCAAGGGAGCAAUGUUAGAAGGAAAUCUCAGAGUCUUGUUGCACUUGUAAAUAAUAAGGAAAGGCUCCAGGAAGUUCGAAAUAAAGCUCUUUUUAACAAGGACAAUAGGGCAUCUCGGCCACCUUUGUCUUCAAGUGCCCGCUACAAUGAUGGACAUUUUGAAGGUGAUGAUGGAAAUAGGGAGGAUGGGCUUGUGCGGGAAAGAGACUUGGUGUUCAUGGAUAAGGAUAGGUACCCCAGUGGAGGAGACAAAUAUAGUCAGGGUCAGGAUCAGCAUGCCAAGGAUAACGAUGAGUUUUACAGCAGAGAUGAUAAUUACAGAGUUCGUCCUAAUGGUGAUUACCAGUACAGACCAAGGAGCCAAAGUGUUGGUGGACAUCCGAAUAAUUCUCUUGAUGAGAGUGAUGGCGGCAGAGACAAUGAUAGUUUGCGUGAUGAAAGAAUUGAUGCACCUCCAAGUUAUGAAGAAGCCACCAAUGAUGCUUGUUCUGAUGUUCAGAAUGACAAAGGCACUGUGACGGCAUCAAUGCAGAAAGCAUCUUCACCUUCAGGACCCAAAGAAACUUCUAGAGGUACAAACCAAGCUCCUGCAAGUGUAGCUGGUGAAUCUGCACAAACUCAUGAAAAGGCGAUUGCUUUUUUUGACGAGUUUGAUCCUAGAGGGCCUGUAUCAGCUGCUCCCACAGUUCCAUCAAGUGGUUUAGAGUUGGACAUUUUUGGGUUAUCAGCUGUUGAUCAUACAGAUUCAUCAGCUUCGAUGCAUGCAACUUCCACUUCAAUACCUGAAGAUGAUAUGUUUGCUAAUUCUGGCCUAGUGGCUAACUUUACCGUGGCAUCAACAGCCCAUUAUGUUUCAAGUGAGCCUGACCAAAAUCCAUUUGGAGAUGUUCCUUUCAAGGCAAUUUCAGGGGAGGAUUUACCAUCAGAAACAAAUACAUCAGCUUUUGCUACUUCCCAGGCUCCUUCUGGUUUUGUUAGUGCUUCUGAAAUUAAUUUACCAAUAGAGAAAAAGAUGGAGCCGUCUCAAAGCUAUAAUUUUGGAAAUACCUUCGGAGGACCAAUUUAUGCUCCAGAUGUUGUGAAUGAUCAACCUUCUUUCCCUGAUUUUUAUGCUUCAGAAUUUUCUGCUGCAAAUUCAAGCAAAGAUAUUCUAGAUGGAAUUCUCCCAUGGACUGGCCCUGUAGCCUCAGCUUCAUUUCAGGAAACUCAACCUGCAGGUCAAAUUCAGUUUCUUUCACAACAAGGGUUUUCAGCUUAUUCAGCUUCCCAUGCACAUAAUUCUACAGACACCGAUUCAUCAGAUCUGCAGAUAGGUCAAAUAAAUCCAUUCGAACAACCCAAACUUUCAAAUCAUCUAACUGGACAAGCAAAUCCAUUUGCAUGCCAGGUAUUUCAGCAAGCUUCUCCAAGUGCAAAUGAGAUGAAUUCUACAGAUAAUUCAGUUCCUGUUUCUCUUCAUCCAUUUCAACCUGCAUCUCUCAAUGGUAUGCUAGCUUCUCAUAUGAUUUCUAUGGACAAAAAAGGGCUACCAACGUCAAAAACUACUUCCAUUACUCUCCAUGCUGGCCAAUCUACUGCUCCAGCUAAUUAUCAAGGGCUUCAAAUAAAUCAAUCUCAGCAGCAAAAUCUUCAAUCCCAAGCAAUUCCACUAUCAUCUAGGAUUGACUCACAUAUGUCUCAGAUUAAUAAUCUAAACCAAUUAGGGCCAUUAGCUCCACAAACAUUGCAGUUGGCUUCAGGUCCAUUCCAGGCAGUUCAGUUUAGUGUUCCAGUAAAUGAACAUGUGGAAUCUGCUCAACUAAAUCCUUUACAGCAUCCAAUGGUGACGGCUUCCCAGUCAUUAUCAUGUACUCCAAUUUCAUCACAGCCAUUUCAAUCAUCCGAUCCUACCAUUAUACAUGCACCUCCAAUUAAUCUUCAGCCAUUUCGACCAGUGGCUUCAACUAGCUUACAUGGAACUCAAAUAGCAUUUGAAAACAUACCAGUUUUUUCACAGGCUGCUCAAAAAGCUACACCAAGCAAUAUACAGACAAAUCAGCCCAGUUUCACUCAUUCAGCUGUACCAGAUCUAAUAAUUUCUGCACAAGGAUCAGCAAAGCCUCAACCAUCUAAGAAGAAAUUUGAACCAAAAUCUGCAGUCUGGGCAGACUCAAUAAGCCGAGGGCUGGUCAAUGUCAACAUAUCUGGAUCCAAGACAAACCAUUUGGCGGAUAUCGGAAUCGACUUUGAUGAUAUUAACCGGAAGGAGAAAAGAAAGGAAGUGAAGAGUUCCCAAACUCCAUUGCCAUCUUCCCUUGCCAUGGGAAGAGCUAUGGGAGCUGGUUCUGGUCUCGGUCGUGUUGGUACUGGUUCUGGUUUGUUUACCCAGCCUCUGAAUCCAACACCCGGCGUCAACGCGGGCUUGGGCAUGAACCGGCCAUACAUGGGAAUGGGGAUGGUUGGUAACAUGGGCAUGAUGCACCCAUCUUCAGGAAUGCCUCAUCAGCAGGGCCCUGGCCUUCCAGGUGCUCACACAUAUGUACGUGGUGGGUAUAGUUGAAUUUUGGCCUGUAGGUCAUCAUGUAGACAAAAAAAAACCUUACAAAGAAUAUCUCAUAUCACACCUUUUCACAUAGCCAAAGGUACUAUGAUGACCUUUGUGGGUUACAGUCAAGAUCUUGGAUUCGAUCCUCAUCAAUAGUAAAUAAACUCCCACUUAACGAACUUUGGGUGGCAGAAAAAAAGA